GGCACUACCGGGCUGGGAAGCGGCGGCUGGGUAUGGCGGCCGCCGUCUGCGGUCCUAAGGUGGCUACUGAGGGGCAGGAGCCUUUGCUGAGUCCUGGAGAGGCGGAGGAGGAGAGCAGGGAUGUUGUGGAAACACAAGAACAUUAUAAGAGCAGGUGGCGAUCCAUCUGGAUUAUGUAUCUCACUAUGUUUCUCAGUAGCGUAGGUUUCUCAAUUGUAAUUAUGUCUGUGUGGCCAUAUCUCCAAAAGAUUGAUCCGACAGCAGAUGCAAGUUUCUUGGGCUGGAUUAUAGCUUCAUAUAGCAUUGGCCAAAUGGUUGCCUCUCCUCUGUUUGGCUUGUGGUCCAAUUACAGGCCAAGAAGAGAACCUCUCGUCGUUUCAACUGCCAUUUCAGUAGCUGCUAAUUGUCUUUAUGCCUAUGUCCAUGUACCUCAUUCACACAACAAAUACUACAUGCUGACUGCACGUGCUCUUGUGGGUUUUGGAGCAGGAAACGUGGCUGUAGUUCGAUCAUAUAUUGCAGGUGCCACUUCUCUCAAGGAAAGAACAAGCGCCAUGGCCAAUACCAGUGCCUGCCAAGCUGUUGGCUUCAUAUUAGGACCAGUUUUUCAGACAUGUUUUACACUUAUCGGAGAAGAAGGAGUAACAUGGAAGUUAGUUCAUCUUCAGCUGAACAUGUAUACAGCACCAGUUUUAUUUGGAGCUCUCUUAGGAGUCAUUAAUAUUAUUCUCAUCUUUGCCAUAUUCAGAGAGCAUCGGGUGGAUGACAUGGGACGGCAAUGCACAAGUAUCAAUUCUGAAGGAGAAGAAAGUGGUGUGGAUCAGGAUACAGAAGGAAACAUUGACCAUGUUGCUGUGGUAGCAAUCAAUUUUCUUUUUUUUGUCAUCUUGUUUGUGUUUGCUGUCUUUGAAACCAUAGCUACUCCCUUGACAAUGGAUAUGUAUUCCUGGACCAGGAAAGAAGCUGUUUUUUAUAAUGGAAUAAUCCUUAGUGUGGUUGGCAUCGAAUCAGUGAUUGUUUUCAUGGUGGUUAAAGUGCUGUCAAAAAGGACUGGUGAGCGUGCCAUACUCCAUGGGGGUUUACUGAUUGUCUUGGUUGGAUUCUUUAUCUUACUGCCUUGGGGAAAGAAACUACCAAAUAUCCAGUGGCAAGAAAUAAAGAAUAACUCCAUUCCCAGAACAAUUUCCACUGAAAUGAUAAUGCCUUUCUGGAGUUCACAAGCAAUGCACCUGCCAUCCAACCACACAGUGGAACCUGUAGGCUGCCCUGUCACACAGUCCUGGUGCCUAAAUACUCCUAUGAUCUAUCUGGCCCAGUAUAUUAGCUCUGAUGUACUAAUAGGAUUGGGCUAUCCAGUUUGUAAUGUCAUGUCUUAUACUUUAUACUCAAAAAUUCUAGGACCACAGCCUCAGGGUAUCUACAUGGGAUGGUUAACUGCUUCUGGAAGUGGAGCACGAAUACUUGGGCCUCUUUUUGUGAGCCAGGUAUACACUCACCUGGGACCUCGUUGGGCAUUUAGCUUAAUCUGUGGAGUAGUUGUACUCUCUCUCUUACUUUUGGAGAUAGUAUACAAGAGGCUAAUUGCAUUUUCUGUCAGAUAUAGAAGGAUGCAGGAAGAGAACUGUUAAAUAUGAGGUGGUGUUUUGUUGGUUUUUUUUUUUUUAAGUAAAAGCAACCAGAAUAAUACUUUAUUACUAUGUUUUAAUGAGGAGUUUUUAACCACUGACCUUAUUGGCUGUAUGCUAAGAACUGUACACCUGUACUUACACAUUGACAGAACACAUAACUUGGUCAUAUCCUAAUAUACGGUUAAACCUGCUGCACCAGAGCUUUUGAAUUUUGCUUUUCUAGCAGCAGAGAAAGGGAUUUGAACAAGUUAGGUCAAUACAAUGGCACAUUUGAAGUGUGUACAGAAUGCAGCUGUGAAAGUAACAGGUUACAUGCAUCCUUUCUGGAAAGAAGUAAAAGAAAUAUGAUCUUGAUUCUAUGAAUCAGGAUUAGUAACGCUUCUGGUAACGACAACAUUAAUGGAACUGUAUGCACUUUGUAUGGAAACAUCACUCCUUUAGUGAGCCUUCUGAUGUUCAGUUUGAUAGCUUGUAGAAACGUCUCACUUUGCAUAUUGCUGGUACAUAUCAAUACAUCUUCUCCAGGGUUUCAAAGUAAAUGUGACAUUUACAGAGGAAGGUAGGUGCCUACUCUACAACCAGUUUUUCUGGGGUUGGGGUAUUCAAGUUGGCAAAGAGCCAUCAAAGAUCACACACUUAGUGGCUCUUACUUGAACUACAGUGGACUGUGUGUGUUUUUCUUCUAUUAUUUUGAAUACCUUGUUGUAGCAAGAAAGAUAAGCUGCAGUGCUGAAUUACUAGGGAUCGCUUUUCUCAACUUUACUAAAGAAGGAAAUACUAAGCAUGAUUGUUUACACUUCACUGUCACUUAUGAGAAUGAAUGCACUGUACUGAGCAAUCAGCAUUAAUGUUAUGUAUAAAAAGGAGGAAACUGUCUUCUCAGCUCUUGACUUAUUUGUAGACUUUUUUUUUCCGAUAUGGUAUGAAAAGCAAGAAUUUUUAAUAUUUAAAUCAUUCAGUGUUUCAAAAAGUGAAAUAAUUUUCCUUCAAAAGGGUGCCUAAGUUCAUCUGUAUGGAUUUGUUUUAUCUGUUUGAGUACUACUGGGAAAAAAAAAACUUGCAAUAACUGUAGUAUGAGUUGGAGUUGCUGCUUAAUAUAUCCAAUAUUUGAAUCUUAUGGAAUUUAUUAAAUGUAAUUUAAGUAUGCCUAUGUAAUCAACUACUCAAACACUGAAAGACUACUGAAUUAAAA